AAAUCCAUGGAGAAAGAAUAUCUAAAAAUUUAAAAUAUUUUUAUUCUGUGAAUUUGAGUCUCUCAAACUGUAUUUCCCAUAUGUCAAAAUUACAAUGUUGCCCCUACUAUAAAACAUGUGGCGACUUACAGUCAUGCUUAAAAAAAACAAAAAACCCCAAUCCUCUACCAAAAACCAUCGCCCGCAGCCGCAGCCGCAGCCACAGGCACCCUGUUUUCUUCGUCGUUGCAGCCACACAGCCGCCUUCAUUCCAUUGCGGUGGAAGUGAAGUGAGGGCCAGUAGCGAAUCGCUGUGGCCACCACUCCCGAAAGCGCUUCAAGAAGAUUGAAUUAGUCAAAAUGGGUCCUCUUCCUCGAAAGUGUCAAGUCUGUAAUGAAGCUCAAUCUAAGUACAAGUGCCCAACCUGUCUUGCUCCUUAUUGUUCUCUAGCCUGUUUCAAAAAACACAAAGAAAUUCCUUGUGUUAAGCCAGAAUCUAUUGAGGAAAAAUCAAUUGCUAUUCCACAAUCGUCUGCAGAAAGGCCAUUAAAUGUUGAUGAACCAGCUUCUUCCAGUGAAAUUCGUGAUGUAUUGAAAGAUGAAAGCCUUCAGAAACUCAUCUUGAGUAUUGAUAGCUCCUCAGAUGCAGAGACUGAACUUGACAAGGCUAUGGGGACAGAGGCAUUCCGAGCAUUCGCUGAUAAGAUUCAAUCAGUUAUUGGACCAUGAAUACAAGUAGUUGUUGCCAAAAUGAUAAGUGAUAUACAUGGGAGAAGGUGGGUUAUUUUGUACAAGUAGAAGUAUUUUAGGCCUACAUGGUUCAGUGACUUCAAAUUAGUCUCCUGUCAUGUGAAAAUGUCCUGCUAUAUAGAACUGGUAUAAGGAUCCUUCAUUUUUGUAACUAGUUGCUCAGCUGGUUAAAUGUUACUUGGCUUAUGGAAGCGGAUCAAAAUUUAUUUUCGAACUCAAAUGAACAUACCCUGCGUCAGUUGUUGCUUGUUAUCUUAAUAGAACCUAAUGAGACUGAUGAUUAAGAUUUGAUGUUUUAUUUAAUGGAAGAACAAAAUAUUAGUUCUAGUUAUUACCGUAUGUAAGUGACAUUUAUGUAUUACCAAUUGAUAUAUAAAGCAAGAAUGGACUUGAACCAAACCAGUUCGGUUCAAAUUGAUGUUCAA